AUGUCGUCACAACCCUCUAUAACAUCGCUAUCAUUUGAACAACAUCCAACCGGCUUCGGGAUCGGAGAAUCUCAGCCUCGCCUUUCGUGGCGAUUCACAACAAAUGAACAAACAUGCCAGAACUGGGAACAGACAGCAUACGAUAUUGAACUCUCACACCAUUCCUCCUCAACACCAGAAACACAUCAUGUCAAAAGCAGCAACUCCGUCCUUGUACCCUGGCCAAGCCAGCCACUCAAGUCUCGAGACAUCGCCCGCGCUCGGGUUCGUGCAUAUGGUGGACCGGACUCUACUCCCACCGAGUGGUCAGACUGGAGUACCGUUGAAUGCGGCUUGCUCCAUCGGAAGAAUUGGAAUGCACGCGCUAUCACCAGCAGCGUAAAACAAUCUGAAGGUCCAUUGCGACCUAUCCGCUUCCGAAAAACCUUCACUCUCCCUUUCGCAAAGGUGCAGCAAGCUCGUCUUUAUAUUACCAGCCUGGGGGUGUUUCAGGCAUACAUCAAUGGCGUACCUGUUGGCGAUCACUGCAUGGCCCCUGGUUGGACGAGCUAUCUUCAUCGACUCAACUACGAGGUUCUCGAUGUUUCAUCGCUUUUGCAUGAGAAUGAGCCAAACACCAUUGCCGUUGAGGUUGCCGAAGGCUGGUAUGCUACUCGAUUGGGCUUCCAUGGUGGACGUCGUUUCAUUUAUGGGGAUGAAAUGGCCCUAAUUGCGCAGUUGGAAAUGAAGUCUGAGGAUGGUGAUCAAUUUACCGUUCCAUCUGAUUCGACUUGGAAGAGUUACCACUCUGCAAUUGUCAGCAGUGAGAUCUACGAUGGUGAGGUUUACAAUGCGCUCGAUGAGCAAGAUGGCUGGAGUAGUCACUCCUCCGCAUUGGAAGCGACUUGGAAGGCGACUCGAGAGGUGGACUUCCCGAGUGCGGAGCUCGUGGCUCCGAAUGCUCCUCCUGUGAGAGUCACUGAGGUUGUCAAGCCAAUUCAGAUAAUUACAACACCAUCUGGCAAGACGAUCGUCGACUUUGGGCAGAACUUGGUUGGACGUAUCCGGAUUCCAAGACUUGCAGUUGCCCGCGGUGAAAAUGUCAUUUUAACUCAUGCGGAAGUCCUCGAGAAUGAAGAGCUAGGAACUCGUCCUCUUCGUGUAGCCAAGUGCAGUGACAAGAUCAUCUCAGCAGGCGAUGAAAUCGAUUGGGCCCCUCGGUUCUCAUUCCAUGGAUUCCGCUUUGUCCAAGUCGAGGGAUGGAAUCCAGAUCUGAAUAUCAUUGUCGCUGAGGUUAUGCAUACGGAUCUCGCUCGGACUGGCUGGUUCAACUGCUCUCAUCCUAUGAUCAACAAGCUUCAUCAGAAUGCCACUUGGUCUAUGCGCGGAAACUUUCUCUCCAUUCCCACUGAUUGUCCACAAAGAGACGAGCGUCUAGGUUGGACUGGAGACAUCCAAGUUUUCGGCCCUUCCGCCAGCUUCCUGUAUAACACAUCGGGCAUGCUUGGUGAUUGGCUGAAGGAUCUAUCGGCUGAACAACUCAAAAAUCCGAAAGCAAUUCCUCCAUUCGUCAUUCCCAAUGUUAUCCCCGAAGAAGCAUGGCCUUGUUUUCCUCAAGCAAUCUGGGAUGACGUGACUGUUCUACUUCCUUGGACCUUAUACCAGAACUAUGGUGACGUUGAAAUUCUUCGGAAGCAGUAUCCUAGCAUGGUCGGCUGGCUAGAUCGAGGAGUUCAGCGCGGACCUGACCGUCUAUGGGAUGAUACUCUAUUCCAGCUCGGAGAUUGGCUAGAUCCUACCGCGCCACCGGAUCAACCAGGCAACGCGCGAACAGACGGGACACUCGUGGCUGACGCCUACCUUGUGCAUGUCACAAAGGUAUUAGCAGAAAUAAGUUCGAUCAUUGGCGAAGCAGUCAACGCAAGUCGUUAUGAAACUGAACAUCAAAGCCUGAAAUUACGCUUCCAAACAAAAUAUGUUACUCCCGAGGGCUGGUUAGUCGGCGACACACAAACAGCCCUUAGUCUAGCAUUGGUAUUCGAUUUACUUAAUAAUCCAAAGCAAGCAGCAGCCGCUGGAGCUCGUCUAGCUCGGUUGGUUGGGAAGUCGAAAUUUCAAGUAUCAACUGGGUUCGCAGGGACACCGGUGAUCACACACGCACUGACCAAAUCCGGAUAUCCUCAAUUAGCGUACCGCAUGCUUCAAGAGAAGAGCUGUCCCUCGUGGAUGUAUCCAAUUACCAUGGGAGCUACGACUAUCUGGGAACGUUGGGAUAGCAUGCUUCCAGAUGGAUCGAUCAACCCUGGAGAAAUGACGAGCUUUAACCAUUAUGCUCUGGGUUCGAUCAUCAACUGGCUUCAUAAGACUGUUGCCGGUGUUAGUCCGUUGGAGCCUGGUUGGCGGCAUAUUCUCAUUCAGCCCGUGCCCGGCGGUACGGUUACUUCUGCAGAGGCUAUUUAUGAGACUUCUUAUGGGCGGUUGGAGUGUCGGUGGGAGGUUGGUCAGGGUGGCGAGUUCCGCCUUGAGGUGAUUGUGCCACCAAACUCGAAAGCGAAGAUUAUUCUGCCGACUGGGGCUGGAGAAAAAGAAGAUGUCAAAUGGAUUGGAUCGGGGAAAUAUUCUUUCACCAAGACGUUUGAUUGUCAGGCUGGAUGGCCUCCGAAGGCACUGGUACCCCCGAUGUUUGAAGCCGAGGAUAGCUUCGUAUGA